AUGACACGAUUUCCAGAAUGUUUACAGAGACUUGUUACACUGACAGAUUGGAAAAUAACUGCCUGCAAUGUUAACUCUCAUCUCUCUGGAGCCCCCGUUGCUCUUGUCUAUAGCACCGCCCCCCUUCUUUUUGUGUCUUCCAUCGGCAGCCUUGACCCCCUUCGGGCUGGCUGGGCAAUGCAUGUAGCUGGCAGUGGGCGGUCCUUCCCCACAUUGCUGUCCACAUUAAUGUCGGGAGCUGACUCCCCUCCGCCAGGGUGUAAACGUCCGCCUGCCGGGAUGCCGGGAAUAACUUUCCCCUUGUUUAUGUUCUUGCAGAAAAAGCUGGUGAUCCAAGGCAAGACCAUCGCCAUGCAUUACAGCAACCCCCGCCCCAAGUUUGAGGACUGGCUGUGCUACAAGUGUGGCCUGUACAACUUCCGACGAAGACUAAAAUGCUUCCGCUGUGGGGCAGCCAAGACCGAAUCCGAUGUGGAGGCCCCAGCUGGUGCUUCUGAUGCUCCUCCAUCAGCAGAUUACUACAGCGAC